AUGCUUCGAACUUUGCAGCUUUCACUGCUCUUGUCAUCCGUUUUGGGUACUGAUGCGUCUAUUACACCUCGCAUUGUUGGUGGACAGCCUACAAAGAAAGGGGCUUUCCCCUUUAUGACACAUUUGUCAAAUCGCGAACAAGUUGUUAGAUGUGGAGGAACUCUCAUCAGUCCUCGAGUUGUACUGACAGCAGCACAUUGCCGAGAGACAAUCAUAGAUGCAGCACGCGUCGGAUUACACAAUAGUAAUUAUCUGUACGAUAGCGGUGUUGAAGAGAGAAGCGUUAUUAUUGAGAAAGUGCAUCCAAUGUUCGACAACAGCACUCUCGAAGGUGACCUGAUGCUGUUGUUGUUGGAUGAGCCUGUGUUCGAGCAUGAACCCGUCACACUAUAUCAAGGCGAAGCCGAUUUUGUACCUGAUCAAGAGCUAUGGGCACUCGGAUGGGGUGUGACUUCUGCUGGAAAAAUUGCCGAUGACCUUCAAAUGGUUCAACUCGAUUUCCUCGAAAACGAACAGUGCCGAAGAUCGAGUGGUUUUGACCAAGAGGGGUCAUUCACCACAUAUCUUGACUACAUCUUCGAUGACAUGCUGUGUACUCAUUUCACAGACGGAAAUCCACGUGAUGCAUGCAUUGGCGACAGUGGAGGCCCAAUUUUGUCCGUCGAUCGUCAACAAGGAAGCGUGACACAAGUAGGAACCAUUAGUUGGGGUAUGCAAUGCGGUGAUCCUAACUUUCCAGGGGUCUCUACUCGCGUGAGCUCCCACUACGAAUCUUUUAUUCGCCCAUGGGUUUGUCGAUUGGAUGAGCAUGCCCUGCCUUCGUUCAACUGCACUGGAAUUGCACUGGACUCAGUUUUGAGCGAAUCCAAAGACCCCCAAGAAAUUGCGGCUGGCAUGGUCCGAUUGUGGAUUGUCAUUUAUAUGGAUUGCUGGCCUGAAGAGGUAGCUUGGACACUCGAGUUGGUCCAAGAAAGUGGAGAGAAAGAGAUUGUCGCCGGCCGAAAAAAGGGAAACAAUAACGACUGGGCUGAUACAGUUUCAGAGUAUUUCGAUAUUCCUCCUGCUCGUGACUAUGUCUUCACAAUCUAUGAUGACUACGGCGAUGGGUUAAAGUACGGCGGUUCGUAUGCAUUGUUACUUGGUGGGCCAUCUGUUGAAUAUGCCGAACAAAUCCUCGAAAGUGGAGGUAACUAUGGGCGCAUGAAGAGUAUGCAAUUUUCGACACCUGGAUUUGCUAGCCCUGCUUCUGCUCCAACGUAUUCUAGCGCAAUACCAAGUGAUCUUCCGAGCCUUGUCCCCAGUACUGGUCCAUCAACGACCAGCGAAAUUCCAAGUGAUAUGCCAAGCCUUGUUCCAAGCGAUAUGCCGAGCCUUGUCCCGAGUACCUAUCCAACAAAAGCACCGAUCACUACUGCUUUACCUUCUGGCAGCCCCACCAAAAUUUCCGUUUCUAUCUUGGCGCCAUCUGAAGAAAGCCUUCAGCCUACUGGAAGCCCAACGGAUGUAGUUGGCUCCUUGCUUGCGCCCUCUGAAGUCAGCUCCCAGCCAACAAGCACCCCAACGUUCAUUAUGGUUUCUCAGCUGGCCCCUGGUGAGGAGACUGAACACCCAACUGAGUCGCCAAAGGCGAGAGCUCCUACAGAAACGACCGAAAGGUUUCUACGAUCUAGAACACAAUAG